GUAAAGGUUUUUUCCGUGACACAAAUGAAUUUCUUCCUAAUAUUAUGUUUUUGUUUUUUCCUUAAAAAAUCAAUGUCUUUGCUUUACAAGCUAUUCUUCUUCUACCUACAAUGGGUUUCCGUUGAAUGAUCAGCCAUUACAGAAUAUCUGAGUUGAAACCAAAGUUUCAGAAGAAAGUUACAAUCUUUAAGAUUAAAUUCCCACUUUGAAGGAUACAAUAAGCAAGGGGUUAUGGCACAGUUCACUACUCAAGGUCGCUUGAAGCUUCUCUUCAAUGGGGAAAAUGUCAAAGACCCUUUUCAUUUCAAGUGUAGAUCAAUUCAGACCCACAAAAGAAGAGCAAGUUACAAAGGUUCUUCUUCUUCUUCUUCUUCUUUUGCUAGAAUUCACUAUGCAUCUUUUUCAUAUCUCAGAAGCAAAACAAACUGUUGUAAUGCUGCGCCACGCUCCAGUGAGGGUGUUCGUGAUGAAUAUGAAUACGUAUGUGGAUAUGAUUCUAUUGAUGAUGAUGAUGAUGAUGAAGAUGAUGAUGUGUUUGAGGGAGAUGGAUUGUCUUGUUUCAGAGGUCUUGUGUUGGAUAUAUCUUACAGGCCAGUCAAUGUUGUAUGCUGGAAACGUGCAAUUUGUUUAGAGUUUAUGGAGAAGGCUGAUGUACUAGAGUAUUAUGAUAAGACUGUGAAUUCCCCCAGUGGAUCUUUCUAUAUACCAGCUGUCUUAAGGGUUCGUCAUUUACUUCAGGUUAUUAAAAGAAGAAGAGUUGUUAAGAACAGUCUUAGUCGGAAAAAUAUACUAUUUAGAGACAAUUUCACUUGUCAGUAUUGCUCUUCGCGUGAAAAUUUGACCAUCGAUCACGUUGUGCCAGCUUCACUAGGUGGAGAAUGGACAUGGGAAAAUCUAGUGACUGCUUGUGUCAAAUGCAACUCAAAGAAAGGUAGAAAAUCCUUAGAGGAGGCAAAAAUGAAUUUAAAUAAGGUCCCAAAGGCUCCAAAGGACUAUGACAUUCUUGCCAUACCUCUAACUGCAGCAGCUCUAAGAGUGCUGACAGCAAGAAAGGGGACGCCUGACGAAUGGCGUCAGUAUCUAAGUUAAUGUCUGGUGGUGGCUACGCACUCUAUCAUGUGUGUGAUUCCGGACACUAAAAUUCUAUCAAAAGAGCAAAGAAAAAAACCCUCACAUGUAGGUUAUUUUAAGUAACUCCAAUUGAUGGUAAAAUGUUUAUUGUGAAGUGUAAACAAUGCUAUUCAAUAUCAGGGAUUGUGUAAAAUUUAUGUAUAGUAAAUUCCUGUCUAAUGUAUGUUAAGAUGGCCCAGACCUUCUCAUUGAUAUGUAAUAGUCUUGGUGAAAUGGAUACAGCUGAUUUAACUAAUCAAUCCUCAGAAUUUAACCAUCUCA